GUGGAGGGUGGUGGGAUCGCGAUGGCCGAGUGAACUUCCGCCGCGGGCGCUGCGCACCCACGCUGUGAGAGGUUUUGGGCUGCUUAGCGCCAUGCAGCCUUUACGAUGUAUGCUCCCAGUGCAGCGGGCCCUGCACUGGGGACCGUGGGCCCCUGUGUCCGGGCUGCUGCUGAGCCCCUGCAGGGCACACAGCCGUCUCCACAGCACUGCGUGUCCAGGUCCAGAGCGGCCGGAGGAUGGGGUUCGGAAGGACUUCAGCUCCAGACUGGCCACCGGGCCGACCUUUCAGCACUUUUUGAGGAGUGCUUCAGCUGCUGAAGAGAAGCCGUCUUUCCCGGCAGCGGAAGAUCCGCCACCCUACCUCACAGCGGACGAACUUCGAGGACGGCAGAGGAAAGUCUACCUGGAGACCUAUGGCUGCCAGAUGAACGUGAACGACACAGAGAUAGCCUGGUCCAUCCUACAGAAGAGUGGCUACCUUCGGACCAGUAACGUGCAAGAGGCUGAUGUGAUCCUGCUUGUCACCUGCUCAAUCAGGGAGAAGGCUGAGCAGACCAUCUGGAACCGCCUACGUCAGCUGAGAGCCCUGAAGACAAAGCGGCUGCGUUCCCGGGGGCCUCUGAGGAUUGGGAUUCUAGGCUGCAUGGCCGAGAGGCUGAAGGAGGAGAUCCUCAACAGGGAGAAGAUGGUGGAUCUUUUGGCUGGGCCAGACGCCUAUCGGGAUCUUCCCCGCCUGCUGGCGGUCACUGAGUCUGGCCAGCAGGCUGCCAAUGUGCUACUGUCUUUAGAUGAGACCUAUGCCGAUGUCAUGCCAGUCCAGGCGAGCCCUGGUGCCACUUCUGCCUUUGUGUCAAUCAUGCGAGGCUGUGACAACAUGUGCAGCUACUGCAUUGUUCCUUUCACACGUGGCCGGGAAAGGAGUCGACCUGUUGCCUCCAUUCUAGAGGAAGUGAGGCAGCUUUCGGGGCAGGGGCUGAAAGAAGUGACACUGCUUGGUCAGAAUGUUAAUAGUUUCCGAGACAAUUCAGAGAUCCAGUUCAACAAUGCAGUGCCUACCAACCUCAGCCGUGGCUUCACCACCAACUAUAAAACCAAGCAGGGGGGCCUUCGUUUUGCCCAUCUCCUGGAUCAGGUCUCCAGGAUAGACCCUGAAAUGAGGAUUCGAUUCACCUCUCCACACCCCAAGGAUUUUCCUGAUGAGGUCCUGCAGCUGAUUCGUGAGAGAGACAACAUUUGUAAACAGAUCCACCUGCCGGCCCAGAGUGGAAGCAGCCGUGUAUUGGAGGCCAUGCGGAGGGGAUACUCUCGAGAAGCUUAUGUGGAGUUAGUUCACCAUAUCAGAGAGUCCAUUCCAGGUGUGAGCCUCAGCAGCGACUUCAUUGCUGGCUUUUGUGGGGAGACCGAGGAAGACCACCUGCAGACAGUGUCUUUGCUUCGGGAAGUGCAGUACAACAUAGGCUUCCUCUUUGCCUACAGCAUGAGGCAGAAGACACGAGCCUAUCAUAGGCUGAAGGAUGAUGUUCCAGAAGAAGUAAAAUUAAGGCGUUUAGAGGAACUAAUCACUGUCUUCCGAGAAGAAGCCACAAAAGUCAACAAGAGCUCUGUGGGUCGUACCGAGCUGGUCCUGGUAGAGGGGCUCAGUAAACGCUCUGCCAGUGACCUGUGCGGCCGGAACGAUGGGAACCUGAAAGUGAUCUUCCCUGACGUGGACAUGGAGGAUGUCGCUAGCCCUGGGCUCAGGGUCAGAGCCCAGCCUGGGGAUUAUGUGCUGGUGAAGAUCACUUCCGCCAGCUCUCAGACACUGAAGGGCCACGGUCUCUGCAGGACCACGCUGAAGGACUCCUCGGCACAACGCUGACCACAUGGGUGCCGCCGGGGUGAGCAGUCCUUCCCGACAGGCAGGGAGCCGUGACUGUCUCUGACCAGGGAGGUAACGGCCUGGGGGACACGCUGUGAGUGCUAGAGCACCUUAUGUCGCGUGGAAAAUGCAUCUCCUGCUAUGUGAACAGCUUUCCCAGUCAUUAAAUUCACCUAAGUGGAA